UUCCACACUCUGCGCUUCUUAGUACUAUUUGGAAGACUAGAAGGCCUGGGGAAAUUACUGGGACUCUAAACCAGUCAGCGAAGAAAAGAGUCAGCUGCUCAGAUUUAGAAAUAUAUAACUUCUAAAGGAGUUACACGAACUGCAGGCAUUUACAAAGUUGGCGUCUCUCACUUGCAAAGACAGUUUAAGAGUACAAUGAUAAUGACUUCUUUCUGCUUUCUACUUGCAUUCCUUGGAUACUUCCAUAUGGCAAUAUCUAGUUGUCCUUCAGAAUGCCGAUGUGCACAAGAAACUCCUAGAUGUCCUAUCGGUGUAAAUUUGGUUUUGGAUGGUUGUGGGUGUUGCAAAAUGUGUGCUAGACAAUUAAAUGAAGAUUGCAGUAAAAUGGAGCCCUGCGAUCACGCAAAAGGUCUGGAAUGUAACUUCGGUGCCAGCUUUAGGUCUGUCCGGGGGAUCUGCAGAGCAAAAUCAGAAGGACAGCCUUGUGAGUAUAACAGCAGAAUCUAUCAAAAUGGUGAAAGCUUCCAGCCAAAUUGUAAACACCAGUGCACUUGUAUUGAUGGGGCAUUAGGAUGCCUUCCACUAUGCCCCCAAGAACUGCAUUUACCUAAUUUGGGCUGUCCAAACCCAAGGCUGAUAAAAGUCCCUGGCCAGUGCUGUGAAGAAUGGGUCUGUGAUGAAAGAAAGGAUCGUAUAGAUUUGUUGGAAACCAUGCUAAAGAAAGAAUUUGAUUACGAUUCCAAAGAAGAUGAACUGACUAAUAGAAAUGAACUGAUUAGAACAACAGAUGGAUUGAAAAUGCUACCUGCUUACAGAGUCCAAACUGAGGAUCACUGGUCUGAGAUUCCUAAGUGCAUUGUUCAGACAACAUCGUGGUCUCAAUGCAGUAAAACUUGUGGAACUGGUAUUUCAACCAGAGUAACCAAUGACAAUCCUGACUGCAAGCUAAUUAAAGAAACAAGAAUCUGUGAAGUUCGACCAUGUGGGCAGAUGUCAUAUUCUCCAUCAAAGAAAGGAAAGAAGUGCACAAAAGCUAAAAAGUCAAAGGAAGCAGUGAAAUUUAAAUAUGCAGGAUGUACCAGCAUAAAGCACUACCGGCCUAAAUACUGCGGAACCUGUGUUGAUGACAGAUGCUGCACACCUCAGCAGAGUAGAACUGUCAAGGUCCGAUUCCAAUGUGAGGAUGGAGAAACCUUCACAAAGAAUGUAAUGAUGAUUCAUUCCUGCAGAUGUCACUACAAUUGCCCUCAUUCGAAUGAUGCCUAUCCUUUCUACAAGCUAAAUAAUGACAUUCACACAUUUUCAGACUGAUCUGAGUGUGAAGGCUAUGCUAAAACAGAAAUUGCAAGCAAAGAUGGAAAGAUUUUGGUGUACAAUGUCCUUUAAAUUACAGCAACUCAGCUGAAGUGCAGAGGGCAAUGUGGAAUUGAACAUUAACACAACAGUGUUUAUAAAAUCAUUAUUAAAAGCUUCAUAAUACUGGAGUGAAAUUAUAUAAUAGCUUCUUAUGGGAGCUCAACUUUUAUAAUAUAUUGUCUUCUGUUUGUAUUACAGAAUGGCUGUUAGAAAACUUAGCCAUCUAUGCUUUGAAGUUGUGAACUUUACCAUAUGAGCUUCUGCUUUGUACAUUUUAUAUUUGUUACAACUUGUAAAUCUGAAGUAUGUGUUUGUUUUAAGAUAUCACCAUGGACAAAAAUAUGCAGUAAAAACUCUCUUCUGGCUCUUUCAGUAUCUACCAGAUUUGCUAGAAGUCAUGUUCCCUCAUUGUAUGGACACAUUUGAAGUGUUCAUAUGUGGCAGCUAGAAUUUGCCAGCUAUUGUGUAACUGCAAACAGAAUCAGUUGUUUUAUAACUGAGUGUUUAUUUAUGAAAUGUAGCUUUUUAUGUGAAAAUGAAGUGUAAUACUGGAAUAAAUUGUUAAAUGCUAAUUUUAUACUGUAUGAAUAAAAUAAUAUUUAUUUGAUAUCAAUAAAUGAUAUUUAUGA